AUGGCAGCCUUAGGGAGCAACAUCUCUCUGCUGGAGAUCGACCUCGAGGGCAAUCUCAUCGGGAAGUCAGAAACAAUGAAGGUGACCAGCGCUGGAGCCAUAGCAGACAUGCUAUCGAGGAACUGCACCCUCACAAGCCUCAACUUGGGAUGGAAUUUCCUCCGGGGAGAUUCGGCGGUGACAGUGGCGCAGUCUCUGCAGCACAACCGCAGCCUUCAAUCGCUGAGCUUGGGUCACAACUCAUUCUCCGACCACGCCAGCCAGAUGCUGGCGGUUUCGCUCUUCGAGAAUGACACGUUGUCGAGUGUGGACCUGUCAUACAACUCGGUGACCCCAUCGGCUGCCAUGGUCCUGGCAUUCGCACUGAAGACGAACGCAACCAUGAAGUACUUGGACCUUUCUGGAAAUCGCAUCGGACAGAACGGGGGCGAGGCAUUGUGUGUGGCGAUGCGAAUGUCCACCCGAGAUGAGGGGAAUCUGAUUGUCAACAUGAAGAACUGCGACACGUCCCAUAAAGACGAAACGCUUUUCAAUGACGCUAGCGCAACUGGAGAGUACGAACUCAACCUCCAGAUACCGUACCACAGAGUCGUGGCAUCGGAACUACUUCGAAUAGCUAAUCGCAAGCCGACGGCGCACUUCCGAAGCCUGAAGCAUAUCGUGGGCAAUAAAGUGACCAACCUCAAGCUCCACAGGGAGAGCAACGCAGCGGUUGCACCAAUCGAUCCCCGGGUGGAUGUGACCCGUCGAAUCAAGGGGUGCAUGGCAAAGGACGGAAUGCUAGGACUGGGGCUCGUCUCUGAGUAUGCAGAUACGCUUGGAAUCAACCCUGAAGCCGAUGCUGCGAGCAAGCUGAUGCAAAUUUGGAACAAGGUUUUGGCGGAAGACCGGAAGAGAGAAAAUCGCGACAACGUAGACUCAGGGGGCGACGACUUUGUAGUCAGCAGCUUCUUCGAGGCGCUUUUCAUGCUCGCCGACAAGGACGAAAAAGGGGAACUGAUCGUCGAAGAUCUGGAGAUUCUGUUCCAGGCAUUGAAACUGCCACACAGCGAGGCACGCUUGCGCCACGUGAUGUCCAAGUACGAUGCUGACCACAGUGGGUCUGUCGACGUGGAAGAGUUUAGGCACUACAUGGUGAUUAGUACGGAUCGUGGAGUGGCUGGCCUCAUCGUCAACAUGCGACAAUCGCCCACAGAUGAUGCAAGAAAGCGUCUUUUCGAGCUUGCCACCUGUAACAGCGGAACAUUCUUCACUUCACACCAAGCUCAAGGCGUGCUGGAGGCUGUCUCGAGCAGCUACAACAUCAUCGACGCCGUGGCAAUAUUGAUACCUCAGCUGGCCUCGAGCCAGGAGUGCUCCGCAUUUGUCGACUCCAACCUGGAUCACCGUGACAAGUUCAAGCUCCGUUUCAUGAUCGGCGUGGCGUGGGGAGCCAUCCUGGGGAUGCCGUCAGGGCACUUCUCCCUGGACAUGCAGAACCCAGGAGAUCGACUGGCAGCCUCCAAGAUGGCGGCCGUGGGAAACCAAGAACGGCAAUGCAGCAAGUCAAGCGGGCAUGCAGAUACAUCCCAGCACGGCAAUUGGCAAAACUUUAGGAACGCAGAGUACAACCGUGAGCCGGUGGUUCUGACGUCUGCCUGGUUCAUCAAACUACCAAGUUCUGGCAUGCUCCGCUUCGACUACGUUUCGACGUCUAGACCCGACCAUCAUCAGAUUCCCCUUACAGAGAGGAGAUUUCAGCGAAUGUUAGAAAGGCUAGGGAUAUCGGCGCCCAUCACCUCCUCCACCCCCAUCGAUGAGGAGGUCAUUUCCGCCGAAGCAUUGCUUGCCUUGUGUACAUCACACUUUCGAAAGAUGGCCUCUUCCAGCCCUUUGUUUAAGAUCGAUGUUCGGGACUACUACCGAAGCGGAUCAUCACCUGACGAUGUGUCGCUAGCGUCCUGGUGGUCGGCGGUGGAUGUAACAAGCGUCGAUAUCGAUCGUCGAGAUUCAUUUGCCCAUCUAGUGCCUUCUGACAGAUACGUUAAAGCCUGGUACAAGCUCAAGGAGCUUGAGGUGGCUCUCUGUUCUUCGUGUCUCACUUCUGAUCAGCUAGUUCGAAUCCUGGAGAACUUUCCGCGUGAAGGUCAGAUUCGAGCGGAGGUGGUAACCACAUUCUACCACAAGGUUACGGACACGGGAAACAUGUGCCUUCUAGUCGACGCUCUCCGACCCGAUGAGGAGCGCGAAGUUUUAGCGCGCCGCGGGUACCUCAACGUCGUCAACCCCAUAUUCGCGGACCGGUACUACCACUUGAACCUCGCCGUUUGGGAUGAGCGCGAGAUGGCGAAAAUCCUCGUCCACUUGGCCAUUACAGAGCCUGGAGAAAAUUGGUUGGAUGAAACAUACACGAGAAGCCCGGAAAUCGGGGCACUGUAUGGUUGGGAGCUGCCUCUUGACUGGACUCAGGAUCUGGAGAAGAGUACGCUGUGCGGGAGGGUUGGGACUACUUUCAGCUCGCGUGUCGAGGCGACAGUAGGCAUACUAGCCUACACUUUUGAGCGGCAGCAGAGGUAUUUAUGCCUGAACUUGGGGGAGACACGAUGUGCUUCCUAA